CUCCAAGUGAAAUAUACACCAUAAUCACCAUGUCCAACCAAUCCCUCGUCUUCAAGCAAAUCCCCACCGGCUACUUCGUCCCCGGCCAGGACGUCGUCGUCGAGCAGGCCUCGUACGACGCCUCCGCCCCGGCCCCGGAGGGUGGCAUCUUCGUGCAAUCCCUCUAUGCCAGCUUCGAUCCCUACAUGCGCGGCCGCAUGCGCCCCGCCCACAUCAAGUCCUACUCCCCCGCUUUCACCCUCAACGCUCCCAUCGACAGCAGCAUCAUCGGCAAGGUCCUCCGCUCCAACACCCCCGCCUACAAGGAGGGCGACCUGAUCAUCGGCUUCCUCCCCAUCCAGCAGUACAUCUCCGUCGCCGCUGACCAGCUCGUCCGCGUCCGCGCCCUCGAGAACCCCCUCGGCAUCGAGGACCUCCGCGUCUUCAUCGGCGCCCUUGGCAUGCCCGGUCUGACUGCCUACUCCUCCCUCUACGAGAUCGGCAAGCCCAAGAAGGGCGAGACCAUCUUCGUCUCCGCCGCCAGUGGUGCUGUCGGCCAGCUGGUCGGCCAGCUCGCUAAGCACGAAGGUCUGAAGGUCAUUGGAUCCGUUGGAUCGGACGAGAAGCUCGACUUCAUCAUCAAGGAGCUCGGCUUCGACGGUGGUUUCAACUACAAGACCGAGAAGCCGGCUGAUGCGCUGGCCCGUCUGGCCCCCGAGGGUCUGGACAUCUACUACGAGAAUGUUGGUGGUGAGCACCUUGAGGCUGCGCUGAAUGCGAUGAACGAUUUCGGUCGUAUCGUCGUGUGCGGUAUGAUCUCGCAGUACAAUGGCGGUGGUUACCCGAUCAAGAACAUUACCAAUGUGUUGACCAAGCGUCUGGAUAUGCGUGGUUUCAUUGUCGGUGAUAAAGGUAUGGGUGAUAAGUAUACUAAGGAGCACCAGGAGAAGGUGCAGAAGUGGAUUAAGGAGGGUACUUUCAAGACUUUGAUUCAUGAGACCCAGGGUAUUGAGAAUGCGCCCGAGGGUUUGUUGGGUAUUUUCCAUGGAAAGAACUUGGGUAAGGCUGUUCUUAAGUUCUAGAUGCAGUUUGCAGCUAUGCAGAUAUGAUAUAGAUAUGGU